AUGGAGCAGACGGACGAAUUUGCCCGUGGCGAGGGGGAUCAGCCGCUCUUUGCAGAAGAAAGCCUCUACGAAUGCUCCCACUGCAAGAAACGCUUCCAGGACAGGUCGGAGCUCAUUUGCCAUCAGAGGUUGCACAGAGGAGGAAAGACUUUUAAAUGCCAAGAGUGCGGGGAGGAGUUUGGGAAGAGCUCGGACCUUAGUUCCCACCAGAAAAGCCACAUGGCGGAAAAACCUUACCAGUGCUCGACGUGCGAGAAGUUCUUCAAGGACAGGUCCACCCUCAUCCGGCACGAGAGAGUGCACACGGGAGAGAAGCCCUACAAAUGCUUGGAGUGCGGGAAGAGGUUCACCCGCAGCUCGGACAUCAUCGUCCACCGGCGGAUUCACACGGGGGAGAAACCCUUCGAGUGCUCCGAAUGCGGGAAGAGGUUCAGCCAACGCUCCAACCUCUUCACCCAUCGCAUCGUGCACACGGGGGAGAAACCCUUCGCCUGCCACGAGUGCGGGAAAACCUUCGCCCGGAGAUCGGAGCUCACCAUCCAUCAGCGAACGCACACCGAGGAGAAGCCCUACCAGUGCUCCCAGUGCGAAAAAUCCUUCCGGGGGAGGUACGGACUCUUCAGGCACGAGCGGUUGCACACCGGGGAGAAACCCUAUGCGUGCUCGGAGUGCGGGAAGAGCUUCGGGCAGAGCGGGGACCUCAUCACCCACCAGCGCUUCCACACCGGGGAGAAGCCCUACCACUGCUCCGAGUGUGGGAAGUUCUUCUGCAAUAAGUCCAGCCUCGUUAAACACCAAAAAUGGCAUUCGGGGGAGAAGCCCUACAAGUGCCACGAGUGCGGGAAGAGCUUCGGGCAGAGCUCGGACCUCAUCGCCCACCAGCGGACCCACACCGGGGAGAAGCCCUACCCCUGCGCCGAGUGCGGGAAGAGGUUCACCAGGAAAUCCAGCCUCAUCGUGCAUCAGCGGGGACACAGGGACGGCUCGUCCCCGUGUUCUGAGUGCGCGAAGCCCCUCGAGGAGGCUUCAAGCCUUGAUCGGCAGAGGUGA